UCCCAAAAGAAUAAUGAUUCUUGCAUUAUUAGACACUCUCGCAAAGGGAAAGAAAGUUGAUGUAAAAAUGAGUGGAAGUCCAUUUUCCCUCCCUGAGAAUCUGGCCUCUGAUGAGGCCAGUCCAUAUUGGAUGAACAAAGGUGACAAUGCAUGGCAACUCACAGCAGCUACGCUUGUGGGUCUGCAAAGCAUUCCAGGACUUCUGAUCCUGUACGGAGGAUCAGUGAAGAAGAAAUGGGCUGUGAAUUCAGCUUUCAUGGUGCUCUAUGCUUUUGCCUGUGUAAUUUUCUGUUGGGCUGUUUGGGGUUACAGAAUGUCGUUUGGUGAAAAGAUGAUUCCAAUUUGGGGAAAACCCAAUGUUGCAUUGGAUGGACACUAUCUAAUUCAGAAAGCUUUCUUAGGGAAACUCCCCAACGCAACAAUGGUGUAUUUCCAGGGUGUUUUUGCUGCUAUUACUUUGAUUUUGAUUGCUGGAGCUUUGUUGGGACGAAUGAACUUCUAUGCUUGGAUGCUGUUUGUGCCACUAUGGCUAACCUUCUCUUAUACAGUUACGGCUUUUAGUAUAUGGUAUCCCAGUGGAUUUCUUGCAAAGAUGGGAAUCAUCGAUUAUUCCGGAGGAUAUGUCAUCCAUUUAUCUUCUGGAGUUGCAGGGUUCACGGCUGCAUAUUGGGUUGGGCCUCGUCUAACCCAAGACAGACAGAGAUUUCCUCCAAAUAACAUCCUUCUGAUGUUAGCUGGAGCAGGAUUGCUGUGGAUGGGUUGGAGUGGGUUUAACGGAGGAGAUCCAUAUACAGUCAACACCGAUGCUUCCUUGGCAGUGUUAAACACUCACAUCUGUACUGCUACUAGCUUGCUUACUUGGCUGGCACUCGAUCUUGUUUUUUUUAGAAAGCCUUCCAUUAUCGGUGCAGUUCAAGGCAUGAUAACUGGUUUGGUCUGCAUCACACCUGCUGCUGGGGUUGUGCAAGGAUGGGCAGCGAUACUGAUGGGACUUUGUUCUGGCUCAAUCCCAUGGUUCACCAUGAUGGUUGUCCACAAGAGAUCCGAACUGCUUCAAAUGGUGGAUGACACAAUGGCAGUUCUCCACACUCAUGCCAUAGCCGGAACCCUCGGAGGAAUACUUUCCGGUCUCUUUGCUGUACCAAAGCUUAACCGCUUCUUCUAUGGCACGUCUUUGCACUACGUUGGCCUGUUUUAUGGAUUUACUGACGGCAGAGUUGGUGCUGGGCUUCGACAGAUGGGAGUUCAGUUGCUUGGGAUUUUGUUUGUUGUGGUUCUUAACAUUGUGAGUACAAGCAUAAUCUGUCGUUUGGUGCAACAAAUUGUGCCUUUGAGGAUGUCUGAAGAGGAUAUGGAGAUUGGUGAUGAAGCUGCGCAUGGAGAAGAAGCUUAUGCCAUUUGGGAUGAUGAAGAAGCCAAGGUUGAUUGCAAAUAUGAAUUGCCAAAAAGUAAAGGCGCUGGUCAAGUGGAAUUGACAUGACAAAAGGCUUUUUUUUUUUUUUUUUUUAUUUCUUUGUUUCUAAAAAGACAAGUACCCACAAAAAUAAUAAAAGUUAAUAUUUGGUAAGUGUAUCACUUUUAUAUAUUAUCCAUUGAUAAUAA